UAAAGGUUUAACGCCACCGGACCGCUGGACAUUAUGCUGGGGUGAGGUGUGAUCGAGUAGAAAAAUUCUCUUGAUUCGUGUGUUUGUGACACCAAUAAUUAAAGGAACUAUACAUUGGACUAUUUGUGAAUUUAUUGAAUUGACGUGAUUUUGUGAUUUAAUUAGCGAUUACACUUUUUUUGGACUAAUUUAUUUCCGGGACCUUUUAGUGAAGGAAUCAUGAUAACAAGAUUCCUGCCAUGGACGUGGCUAUUUCUAAUUGCCAGUGUAGCGUCUUCCUAUGAUCAACCUUCACCAUAUAAUAUAGACUUUUCACCAGAAUGUGCUCUGGUAUUAAAACAAAGUAAAGGCCACCCAUAUAAAAGGUCUUUAGACGUAGGGCUUAGCUACAUAUCACAGUUUCUUCCCAGCUGGCAAAAUGAAACUCCUGACCAAACAUGCAUUAGGUAUGAAGAUAUUAACAGAGCUCUCCAUGAAGCAAAAAGGAAAUUCGGUGAAGAAGUGCCAUAUGAAGUAAAAGAGUUAUCCUCGGUUUAUCCUAAAGCUAACCAAGUUUCCAUACCAGCAGAAAUUCUAUUAGAAACAGUUAGGAUUCUUGCUCACAGAUUUGGAUUGAGUCAGGAUGCUAUUGCUCAUGGUCUUCCUCAGAUUGACACAUCAAAGACGGCCAUCAAAGAGAUAUGCCCCACCUUCCUCCAGCCAGUAAAAUGCGAAAUAUCAAGGUACAGGACACUCAGCGGAAUGUGCAACAAUCUUGACAACCCAUCAUGGGGAAGUGCUCGAUCUGCAAUGAUACGAUUCAUUCCUCCUAAUUACGGAGAUGGUAUUUCAAUUCCCCGAAGAUCAUUUGACGGAUCACCUUUGCCUAGUCCACGUGUAGUGAGUUUGGUGAUGCAUCAUGAUGUGAGUGAGCAUGAUUAUGGUAUAUGCAAUAUGGUUGCUGCUUGGGGACAGAUGUUAGAUCACGAUUUGACCAGAGCUGCUCCUUCUCUAGAUGCUAGCAGCAGAAGCAUUGAAUGUUGUAAGACUGCUGUGGAUAAAAGGCAUUACAACUGUUAUCCUGUUGAUAUCCCCCAAGACGAUCCCUUCUACAAAUAUUUUGAAAGAAGGUGCAUGAAUUUUGCAAGAUCUUUGGCUGGUCUACAGCCUGGAUGCAGACUUGGUCCAAGGUGGCAAAUAAAUGCUGUAUCAGCCAAUAUUGAUGGAAACUUUAUUUAUGGAAGUAAUGAAGAAACAGCUUCCCGAUUGAGAGAAUUUAAAGGAGGUCGUCUAAAAACUACUCCAUUGUACAGAAAUCUUGGAUUAAAAGAUUUAUUGCCAAUGAAGACAGUUGAUCCUGAUCUCGGAUGUAUUGCCAGACCACGAAACAUGUAUUGUUUUGAUGCAGGUGACAACCGUGUAAAUGAACAGCUCCAAUUGGCUGUGAUGCAUAUCAUUAUGAUGCGUGAACACAACAGGUUGGCAGAAGGUUUGGCUCACAUCAACCCUCAUUGGGACGACGAGACCCUCUAUCAAGAGGCCAGACACAUCCUCAGUGCUGAAAUACAACAAGUCACUUAUAAUGAAUUCCUUCCAAUGGUCAUUGGACAUCAAACAAUGAAGAAAUAUGACCUUGUCCCUCUGAAAAAGGGAUAUUAUGAUGGAUACAGUCCAAAAAUAAACGGUGGAAUUCGAGCUGGUUUCCAAGCUGGAGCUUACAGAUUUGGACACAGUAUUUUACCAGAUGUCACAGAGCGUUAUAACAAAUUCCAUGAAAGAAUAGGUAAAUCCACCUCAAUAUGUAUAAACAGUUACUCGAUUUCACAAAUUGAAAAAAGAAAUGAUUCUGUAAGUAAAAUCAGUACUUCUAAAGAUCCUCUAGAUAUAAGUCAACAAGAGAUGGAUUUGCCUCAAACUUCAAGACACCUUUCCCCCGUCUAUUUUCGAGAAAGGCAUUCUAGAAAUGUUGCUGAAAAAUCAGAAGAAGUUUGGAAGAGCCAUUUACAUUGGCCAAAUAUUGAUGAUAAAAAGAAAGCCCUUCUCCACCAAAGAUCUGUGAAUGACAUCGAUUUAUGGACAAUUGGAAUCGCUGAAUAUCCUCUACCUGGUGCUAUUGUUGGACCCACUUUUGCCUGCCUCAUCGGAGAACAAUUUGCUAAUAUCCGAAGGGGUGACAGGUUCUGGUAUGAAAAUCAUGGAUGGCCAUCCACCUUUUCUCCUGAACAACUUCAGGAGAUCCGUAAACUAAGACUAGCAAGAAUUUUGUGUGAUAAUGCUGAUGAAAUGCUAACAGUUCAAUACUCUGUGUUUGCCAUGGCAGACCCACACUCAAAUCCCAGACUGGAUUGUGGAACUGAUGACAUACCCCGACUGGACCUAAGCAAAUGGAGGGACACGAAUUACAAGAAAUAGAGCCAUAGGAGAGAAAGAAUUUUGUAUAAUACUUGCACAUAUAUUUAAGACUACUUUUCGAUCGGUCGGAUGAGAGAGUCGCGUCUGUACGAGUCAUAGCCCCUUCGAGAUGACAUUUCAGCUUCAUCUGUCACUUCUGAACUAUGCAUGGCCAACCUUUUACAUGUUCUUUCAGGCAGCUCAGUCAACAUAAAAGAAAAUCAACAUGUUUUUUUUUAACAAGAAUUCAAAUUUAUGUGAAAAUAUAUAUUAUACUCAUUAACUAUUGGAAAUUUAGGUGUGAGUUGAACCAUUACAUUGUUGAACCACAAUUUGCUGCUGCCUAAAUACGGUGCUUAAAUGAGCCAUAUUAAUGUGCAAAUUGAACUUGGUUACACGAUACUAUGGUCCCACUUUAACGUAAAUAUGGUAUCUUGACCAUCAUGUUGCUCGCAUUCGCUGCAAUAUUCAGAGCAUGUUUAACUGAGCCGUUUUCAAUUAAAUUUACGAAUGAUUUAAUAGCAUAAUUCAACUUGACAUCGUUAUGAGCAUGCAGAAACGAUAUCAUUGUUCAACAUGCUCUAAAAUUUCAAAUAAUAAGCAUGCACUAUGUUGUAAGAAAUAUUGCAGCGACAAUGUCGUUCAAAAUUACUGUAACCUUAAUAUGGUGUUAAACAGAACCAUAUUAUCGUAUUUCUUAAGCAUGAUUACUCUAUAAUAUGAUUCAACUUUAACGAAAACGUUGUUUAAUUUAACACCAUAGUAAGGUUAUAGCGAAUUCUAUUGAUGGUUCAAGGUACCGAUAUUAGGAUUCAAUAUUGAACCGAUUUUUAUGAGAGCAUAAAAAAAAUUGUAUUUAAAUCGUUAUAUUUUUCAGAAUAAGCUACAUAAAAGUAGCUCUAAUCAUUCUAUUUGCCACGUUUAUUACUUACAGUAAAAACUUGGUUAUUAUGGAUGACAAAAUAAACUUAUAUAUUGUGUUGCCAAUUUAGAGAAAACAAAAAAAAUGUAAGUUCUUAUUUUUAAAUAUCAUUGAUGGUAGGAUGCGAAAAAUUUUCCUAAUGUAAAUUAAACAAAUGCUCCAAAGCAGAUUUUACUAAAAAUCCUGAUUCUAAAAAAAUAUUCAAAAAUUAUUUUAAGGUUGUAUUUUCAUUCAAUUUCAGAAUGCUUAAGUUUAACAUAACAUAUACAAUGAUAACAAUAGCAAGUUUCUUAAGUAGUAUUCUAGAAAAUAUAUUUAUCCUAGAAACCAAAUUUAGAAAUUGGGAGAAAAAAAUUUAACAAUUACAAUAUUACAUUGAACAUUUUAGAUAAGAUUUUCAAUAAAGUUAAAUGAAAAAAGAGGAAAUCUUUAUGAGGAAUGACUAUAAAUAAAAUGUUUAUUUUAUCUUCUAAGACUAUUAGUAACAGCAGAUAUAGAUAGAUUUUUUUUAUCUAACGUAAUCGCCUUUUUAAAAAUGAUAUUGUUAUCACAACGAUUAAGAAAUAUCCAUAUCAUUCUUUUUUUAAAGGAAUUUCAGUCUAAUUUUACGUUUGCCCUCUUGAAAAUGUUAAGAACAAUGCAUUUUUAAUUAUCAGUAAUGACUCAAUUUAUCUUAAAGAGGAGAUAAAAUGAUCAAAAUUCAAUGUUGAAGGAAUGCUUUCCGGGGAGAAAGAUAACGUUAAGUUAAAAUAAAAAUCAACUUUUUUUUCAUCAACUUUUCAUGAGUAUAUAAAAGUUUAUUUAUGUUAAAAAUUUGCCCAAAUUAGUUGAUUUACUGUUAUUAAUAAAUUUAUGAUAAAAAAUUAUUAUUUGAACAAGCAAAUUUUUCAAGAUAUUUGUGUAAGUUUACAUUAAGUACUUAAACUACUACUACGAGUGAAAAACUUUAAAUUACAAUAACUUUUUCCGUUGAAUGCUAAAUUUAAAAAAAUUAACUAGAUGUAUUUGAGUACAUGUCAAUAAACUGGAAAAUUUUAAUCAUUUACAUAUGUAAAUUGGCUUUCUUUUAACCAUGGGGGUCUCUAAAAUGACAAAAUUACCUAUGCAGAAAAUAUUAAAACGCGUGAUAAUUUACUACAAUACAAUAAUAAUGCUAUAAUAACAAUACUACAGUAGUCACAAUUUGCUAUAAUACUACAAUAAUAAUUCAAUUACAUAGCCAUUUAUGAAAAAUUUUUAAUUUUUAAAACCGCUUCCAAACAAAUCUAAGCUCAUAAAAUUUUCAAUCCGUUUUCGAAAUGAAAAAUUAUUUGAAUUAAAAUUUGAAAAUUAUGCAUUUUUAUAUUCAUAUAAAUAGAUGCAUUUUAAAGUUCUUGUAAAAUUACAUUUAAACUCACGAAUUGAAAUUUUCAUGAUCAAAAUAUAAGUAUCUCCUCACAAACUGUUGAAAUUAAAAUAAAACUUAAUACCGAAUAUGAUAUUCCUUUUUAUCUAAAAAUAACAGGACGUUUAAAAGCAUGUAAUGAUGUUUAGGUUGCCAGGUAUACAACUCAGUUCUAUUUGAACUUAGCUACGUACAAUCGUCUCUCUCAUAGUUUGUACUAAAAUAUGUUGUAAAUAGAUAUGUGUCUUCAGCUAUUUAAGAAAAACUUUGUCGCCGCUUCCCUUCGACAAAAGCGUCAUCUUUAUGAGGAGUAUUGGUGGCGGACCUGCCACCUGUUAUUUGUAAGAGUCGACACAAAUAACAGUUGUUAUUUUGAUGCAUGCCAUACAUGAACUGCGAAAUGAAUUUCUUUUAAUAAUAUAACAUGUUUUUAACAAUUUUGGUGCCAGAUUCAUUUCGUUUUAGGAAAACUCAGUGGAUUGUUUAGAAAAAUGCAUCUUAAAUAUUUUACCAAAUAACAAAUUAAAAAUUAGUAUUUUAUGUAGUGAUUAUUUAAAGAGGACUUUUUAUACUGUUGUGAUGACGUUAAAAAAAGCUCAAAUUUGUAUUGAAAUUUUAACAUGUAAGUUGAUUUUUCGCAUGUUUGUAAAUUUACACUUGAAUCAAUGAGGUCAAUUGUAUAGGGAUUAAAGAUGUUCUAUGUUUUGUAUGUUUUUAAUAAAGUUGUGUUAUUUUUUC